AUGAACGAUCUUUGUUGUCAUGGCGCAGGGCGGACCAGCUCGCGGAUAUGGACAUGGAAUACAUGGGUCAUGCUGUUUGUCUGUCUCUGUGGUGCAAGGGUAGCGCGCGCCCAGGUCCGUUAUUCCAUCCCGGAGGAGAUGGCGAAGGGCUCACUCGUGGGGAAUAUCGUACAGGAUCUGGGUUUGGAUGUAAAAAAGUUGAAUUCUGGUCGAGCGCGGAUCUUUACUGAGGACAGCAGUGAGUGCAUCGGUCUGAAUGUUGAUAAAGGAACGCUUGUGGUGAAAGAAAGGAUAGACAGAGAGGAGCUGUGCGGCCAAGUAUCUCCCUGCUCUCUGCAUUUUCAGAUCAUCGUUGAAAAUCCGAUGGAGCUCUAUCGAAUUGAUGUGGAAAUAUUAGAUAUUAACGACAAUGCCCCUGCUUUUGCUAAAAAGGAAAUGCAUUUCCAAAUAAGUGAAUCUGCGGCUCCUGGGACUCGCUUUUCACUCGACGGUGCAAAAGAUCCCGAUGUGGCUCUAAAUACUCUCCAAACAUACCAACUAAAUCCUACGGAUCAUUUUCAAUUGAAACCCCUAUCUCGCUCUGAUGGAACGAAAUACGUGGAAAUGGUUCUGCAGAGCGCACUUGAUAGAGAAAAACAGGAAGAGCAUAAACUAAUAUUAACUGCUUAUGAUGGCGGGACCCCCCAGAAAUCUGGCUCUGUCAAAAUCAAUGUUAUUGUCUUAGAUGCAAACGACAAUGCCCCUGUAUUUGGCCAGUCACUGUAUAGGGUGGUCGUGGCAGAAAAUGCGUCAAAGGGAACGAUUGUCUUGGCAGUGAGCGCCACUGAUGCAGACCAGGAAACAAAUGGAGAGGUGAUGUAUUCCUUUUCUCAAAAUACAGAGGGUGCUUCAGUUCUAUUCAAUAUAGUCGCCCAUACUGGUGAGAUUACCAUAAGUGGUCUGUUAGAUUUCGAACAAUGUAGGCAUUAUGAACUAGAUGUAGAGGCGACAGACAACGGGGGGUUAACAGAUACUAGUAAAGUGCUUAUUGAAAUUACUGACGUGAACGACAAUGCACCCGUGAUUAGCAUAAUUUCAUUCUCCAACCCUAUUCCCGAGGACUCUGCCCCGGAGACGGUCAUAGCCAUGCUCAAUAUCAAAGAUUCAGACUCAGGUAAAAACGGUCAGGUGAAGUGUUCUAUUAGUCCAGAUUUACCUUUCCGCAUAAAGUCAUCCUCUUCCAAUUUCUACAGUUUAGUGUCAGACCAGGCUUUGGACCGUGAAACUGUGUCUGAAUAUGACAUAACAAUAACAGCCACAGAUGAAGGGUCGCCAUCUUUUUCCACGAAUAAGACAGUAACACUGAAAAUAUCCGAUGUGAAUGACAACGCCCCCCUGUUUACACGACAAUCAUACACCGCUUGCGUUAUUGAGAAUAACUUACCUGGAAUGUCAAUAUUUUCAGUCAAGGCCAGCGACAAAGACUUUGGCAACAACGCGCGUAUUUCAUAUUUGCUUGGCGAUAAUCAAGUGAAUGGAGUGUCGGCGUCUGCGUUCAUUUCAGUAAAUGCAGAGAGUGGGGAGUUUUUUGCUGUGCGUUCUUUCGACUAUGAGCAAAUAAAAGAGUUCCAAAUUCGCGUAAAAGCGCAAGAUGGAGGCUCGCCUCCUCUCAGUAGCAAUGUGACUGUGAAAAUAAUGAUUCAGGACCAGAACGACAACGCGCCGCAGGUUCUGUAUCCAGUGCAGACUAGUAACUCUCUGGUGUCUGAAAUGGUGCCUCGUUCAGCAGAUGUGGGCUAUCUUGUCACUAAAGUGGUGGCUGUGGAUGUGGACUCUGGACAGAAUGCCUGGCUCUCGUAUAAACUGCAGAAAGCGACAGACAGGGCGCUGUUUGAAGUGGGUUUACAGAAUGGAGAAAUAAGAACUAUACGCCAAGUCAAUGAUAAAGAUGCUGUGAAACAAAGGCUCACUGUUGUAGUGGAGGACAACGGGCAGCCUUCUCGUUCAGCUACAGUCAAUGUUAACGUGGCGGUGGCGGACAGCUUCCCUGAAGUGCUCUCGGAGUUCAGUGACUUUACGCACGACAAGGAGUACAAUGACAACCUGACUUUUUACUUAGUCUUGGCUUUAGCUGUUGUCUCCUUUCUCUUUAUCGUAUCCAUCAUAGCCAUACUGUCAGUGAAAUGCUACAGAUGGAGACGGGAGCAAAUGUUUUAUAAAUCAAAUGGUAAUCUCCCAGUUAUUCCAUACUACCCGCCCCUUUACGCAGACGUGGGAGGCACAGGAACUCUGAGACAGGUGUAUAAUUACGAUGUGUGUGGAACGACUGACUCCAGAAAGAGUGAUAUGAAAUACGUCAGACCUUACAGUCAGAGCAUCAUUAGUCUGGACGGAACACAUACACUCCCCCACGCGCAGAGAGACAAACUGAUCAUUGAUGAUUCAGACAAUCAGGUAAGCAUGCAUUAUCGACUGUAACCUAUAUAAUUACAUUGUAACAAUAUAGAACAAGUAAUUAGGCCUUACAUAGCAAAUACUUACCAAUUUGACACUCACCUUCUUUGUCUUGGCUUUAGCAGUGUUACAUGCUAUGUACCUGUCAUCAGGCAAUCACAUUCCGAUAUACUCAUUCUGGAAUAAUGCCUAUGUAAUUAAUAUAGGUUAUAGUGUUGCCAAAGACUGCCCUGUGAAACACAGCAGCGAACCUGUAUUAAAUCAUCUUCUGGAAUGCAUUCAGGGACAAAGAGAGCAGUGCUGCUGAAGGCUAUAUAGAAACACAAAGGAAGGGCUGGGCUGGACUGGGUUGGACUGGGUUGGACUGGGCUGGACUGGGUUGGACUGGGCUGGGCUGGACGAGACUGGACUGGGCUGGACGAGACUGGACUGGGCUGGACUGGACGAGACUGGGCUGGACUGGGCUGGACUGGAUGAGACUGGGCUGGACUAGACGAGACUGGGCUGGACUAGACGAGACUGGGCUGGACUAGACGAGACUGGACUGGGCUAGACGAGACUGGACUGGACUGGACGAGACUGGACUGGACUAGACGGGACUGGGCUGGACUAGACGAGGCUGGGCUGGU